AUGUCGGAUCACGGAAGUGAGGAGGACUUGUCGCUGGCUGGCGAGCCUGACAGCAAAAGCUUGUCUCGACGGCAGAAGAUGAGUGCAGCUCGACUUGAACGAAGACGAGCCGUGGACCGCGAAUCUCAAAGAGCGACUCGGGCUCGGACCAAGGCAUAUAUCGCGAACUUGGAACAGACCAUCUCUGCUCUGGAGAAGAACAGCAACAAUGAGCAGACGGCAACUCUGAUGAAACAAAUCCAGCAGAAACAAGCUGAGAUUGACCGAUUGAACGCUCUGGUCUCCAGUGUUCAAAAACUGUUAUCGCCAUCAUCUGCUGGUAACCUCGAAAGUUCGACCGACUCUCAGGCUGAUGAAGUCUCAACUACAGCCUCGGAACAUUUCGGUCCGCCAAGUAAUGGGACGCAGUUGCCUCAGACGUCGGCACCACAAGCAGCGUCUGUGGAAGCGACGUCCCGCAAAACUACCUCGCUGACAGCGUUUGAUAACUCUCUACACUGCAGAUACGGCAGUAGGAACUAUCUGGGGGCUCUCAAUACGUCCAUUGAGUUCGUGCAGGGGCAUUCACGCUCAUUCACAUGUCCCACUUUGACCCAAUCUGUGGAUGAUGAUAUUGCAAUUCGAGCAGUCUUUCACGGCUGGGAGGCAGUUGAGGACAAGUACGAUCUUGACCUUGGUUGGCAAAUGUUGAAAGCACUGGACAAGGGCCUUUACAACCGGUCGGAGCCCAUUGUUAGGCUCGCACACAUCAGACUUGUAAGAGACACAUUGAUUCAUAAGACCUAUGGCCAACUACCGACUCGGCGUCCACUGCCAGGAUACAUGACCCCGACCGACACUCAGAAAACUAUUGGUCAUGCGGCUAUAGCCGAUUAUUUUGCCUGGCCACAAGUUCGAGACUAUCUGAUUCUCACCAAGACCACUGUAAGUAAUGAAAGAAGAUCAGCUUGGUUCGCGACCAACCUACGUUUUGACUGGCAUUACGAACUCAGAGACGUGUGCAGGAAGCACAAGGAAACAGGGACAUACGCCUAUUCGGAACUCUUUGACCGAAGUUUUGAAAGCUUAUUGAACUGGUCUGUCGCACCAGAGUUCUAUACCGAUGCCUCAACGUCACCCUACCUGCCGGCCCGUAGAAUUCCGAUAUCGGUUGAUGGACUUCGGCUCUCUCGUCAACCAACCUCAUCGCAUGUCAUCGAAUGGCCCGAAGGACAACAGGAUGACGAGGAAGCCGCACUGACGCCGUUGCCGCCAAUUCCGACGUCAGCACCACUAGGCACUAAUCUCAAGAGCACAUCACAAGUCAUUCAGGCCUCAGACCCUUUUUACGCCCGACUUGCGGAUUGGCCAGAGAUGAACUACAUUACCUCCUCAGAAUUCGGCUGGACUGGUUGA